ACAGUUCAAUUUGACUCCGCAGCCUCCAAAGCAGGAAACAGGAAGUAUCGAACAACAAAACAUCGUCGAAACAGAUUAAGGAAAGGGAAACUUUUCAUAUCGGUUGGAAGGAUUUAAUGAAGUAAACGUUCUGUCACCUCGCCACAGUGGACUGAGUACACACAGCAUGUCUGCACGUGGGGCUGGAAUUCUUAUUUCGGGUUUUGUCGUUGUCAUCUUUGCAGUUUUCCAUCCAGGAACUUGUCAGACUACGACUCCAUCCCCAGCACCUGUUCAUAGACCUUGCAAAACACGAACAUCAUGUGAUGACUGCCUUCGCAACGUCACGUGUCUGUGGUGCAUGACCAACGGUACGUGUGGUGAUUAUCCAGUCUCCACCGUCCUGCCCCCAUCCUCUGUGUGUAAGCUGUCGGAGGCGCGAUGGGGGGUCUGCUGGGUGAACUUCGAGGCCCUGAUCAUAGCCAUGGCAGUGCUGGGAGGAACCAUCCUGAUCAGCGUGGUGGUCUGCUGCUGCUGCUGCUGCUGCAAGAAGAGCUACUCAAGGCUUGACAGAGAUGAGGAGCGUCUGGCUAGGAGUCGUGAAGCUGCCAGACAGCGCGGUGAGGAACGGAGGACUGACAGAAAGACUCGCCACGAGGAGAUCCGCAAGAAGUAUGGUCUGAUUCCAGACUCUGACCACCCAUACAGCAAGUACGAGAAUGAGUAAAACACACGCACAUGCACGCUUACACACACAUGCACUAGGGCUGUAACGAUACACUCAACUCACGAUUUGGUUCGUAUUACGAUUUCUGACCUACGGUUCAAUACACCCAACAAUUUUUU